AUGGAAAGGGGUGUGAGUAAGGGUAGAGGAAAAGUUAUCCGUAUUGUCUACCAGAAUACUCACCGCAACCGACUGAAGCACACGGCUGACUGUUGUUCCCACACUGACGUAGCCCAGGCGAGAGCCUUCCCGGACAUCAGCGUGAUGAGCUCCUGGCUGACUGACGGCCCUGGAAGCUCCCGGCUGACUGACGGAUCUGGCAGCUCCCGGCUGACUGACGGCUCUGUCAGCUCCCGGGUGACUGACGGCUCUGUCAGCUCCCGGCUGACUGACUGCUCUGGCAGCUCCCGGCUGACUGACGGAACUGGAAGCUCUCGGUUGACUGACGGCUCUGGCAGCUCCCGGCUGACUGACGGCUCUGUCAGCUCCCGGCUGACUGACGGCUCUGAAAGAAAAUACAGCGUGGGUAACCGAGACCUCCUGUCGGUCAAGAUGGCACUGGAGGAGUGGAAACACUGGCUGGAGGGAGCAGAACAGAUAUUUGGAAUAUCUCCGCACAGCCAAGACUCCUUAACUCCAGGAAAGCCCGGGUCGAAGACUGUUAAACCUGACGUCCCCUUUCACCUGUACAGUCCCGCUGCCAUAUCCUCUGACUCCGAGACCAUCCUCCCUACCUCAUACCGUGCGGCUGCUGUCGGCUGGGGUAUUGAGACCCUGGUCUGCAAGUCACAACGUUCCCAGCCUUCCCCUGGAGGGGGCCCGGCUAACCAGUUGUUCAUCCCUAAUUCACACCGGUCCUGGAAUGGGCUCAUUCCUCCAGGCUUACCUGUCAUCCGGGUUCCCGUCAAACCCUGGCCUUCCGACAACGUUUCUGGUGGCCCACAAUGGUUCCUGACGCCUCUGCCGUCAUCGCCGCAUGCACCGUUUGUGCUCAGAAUAAUACUCAGCGGCAAGCCCCUUCCAGCCUCCUUCAGCCACUACCUGUCCCUCAUCAUCCCUGAGUCUCUGCAGCAUGUCCUGAGGGAGUAUGGCGUUGUUAAGCCUGUGAACACUGAUUCAGUGGGCCGGUUCCUCUCAGGUGCUGUCUCUGCACCUCAACUGGACAGCCAGCACCAGCAGGCCCACAGACGCUGGAAAAGAGAGGCUGUAGCCGCCUCAGACCCCAGCCAUGGAGACCUGGAGGAGGGAGAGGGUACAGCCAGUCACAGGGAGACACUCUUCUACAAUGUCACUGUGUUCGGCCAGGAGCUCCACCUGCGCCUGCACCUCAACUCCAGGCUGGUGGUCCCCGGAGCUAAGGUGGAGUGGCACGAGGAGGGCAGCGAGCCCACCUAUGAGCCUCUACGGGACAGCGACUGCUUUUAUGUAGGAGAGGUCACCAACGUCAGGGACACAUCCGUCGCUAUCAGCAACUGUGAUGGCCUGGCAGGAAUGAUCCGUACGGGGAAGGAGGAGUUCUUCAUCGAGCCCCUGGUGCAUGGAGGGGGCCUGAUGGUAGAGGAGGAGGAGAGAGGAGACGGACGACAUCACAUUGUUUAUCGCUCCUCUGCCAUUAAGAGGCCCCCUUCAAUUGGAGGUGUACCUGUGGCUGCAUUUCAAGGCCUACCUUCAAACUCACUAGACUCUCUUUCUCGAGCACUAGGAGUGCAGCAGCAGCAUCACAACCGGAUCUGGAAAAGGACCAGGCAGGCUCGAGCCCGUCGCCAGGCCAACGAGGAACAUGAGCUGUUCAACAUCGAGGUCCUACUCGGGGUGGACUCCUCUGUGGUCCACUUCCAUGGCAGAGAGCACAUCCAGAAGUACCUCCUCACCCUCAUGAACAUAGUGAAUGAGAUUUACCAGGAUCGUACCCUGGGUGCUCACAUCAACGUGGUUCUGGUCCGUAUCAUCAUGCUGUGUCCUGCCAAGUCUAUGAGUCUGAUAGAGCUGGGCAACCCGUCUCAGAGUCUAGAGAACAUAUGUCGCUGGGCCUUCCUGCAGCAGAAGGAAGACAGGAGUGAUCCAGAGUACCAUGACCAUGCCAUCUUCCUCACCCGACAGGAGUUUGGUCCCUCCGGCAUGCAAGGUUACGCUCCUGUAACGGGUAUGUGCCACCCAGUGCGGAGCUGCACUCUCAACCACGAGGAUGGCUUCUCCUCUGCCUUCGUCGUGGCACAUGAGACUGGACAUGUGCUGGGUAUGGAGCAUGAUGGCCCCCCUGGUAAUGAAUGCGGCGACGAGGUGCCCAUGGGCAGCAUCAUGGCCCCUCUGGUGCAGGCUGCCUUCCAUCGCUUCCACUGGUCCCGAUGCAGCCAGGCGGAGCUCAGCAAGUACCUGAACUCCUAUGACUGUCUCCGUGACGACCCCUUUGACCAUGACUGGCCGGCGUUGCCACAGUUACCAGGGAUCCACUACUCCAUGGACGAGCAGUGUCGAUUUGACUUUGGCGCCGGCUACAUCAUGUGCACGGCGUACAGCACCUAUGACCCCUGCAAGCAGCUCUGGUGCAGUCACCCAGACAACCCAUUCUUCUGCAAAACCAAGAAGGGUCCGCCCAUCGACGGCACUAAGUGUUCACCGGGGAUGCACUGCUUCAAAGGUUACUGCGUCAAGUUGACUCCGGACAUUCUAAGGCAGGACGGUGGUUGGGGCACGUGGAGUAACUUUGGCUCCUGCUCUCGCACCUGUGGGGGUGGUGUGCGCUUCCGGACCCGUCAGUGCGACAACCCAACCCCUGCCAAUGGAGGACGCACCUGCUAUGGCAACAGCUAUGAAUUCCAGCUGUGCAACCUAGAGGAGUGCUCCGAGCCUUUCGCUGACUUCAGGGAGGAGCAGUGCAAGAUGUGGGACCCCUACUUUGAGUAUGACAACACCAAGCACCACUGGCUGCCCUAUGAGCAUCCUGACCCUGAUGAGAGAUGCCAACUCUACUGCAAGUCUAAGGAGACAGGAGACGUGGUGGUCAUGAACAGGAUGGUGCACGAUGGCACACGCUGCUCCUACAAAGACCCUUACAGUAUAUGUGUGCGGGGGGACUGUGAGCACGUUGGCUGUGAUAACCAGAUAGCCUCCGACACACAGGAGGACAAAUGUGGGAUAUGCGGUGGAGACAACUCCAGCUGUAAGAUCAUCAAGGGAAACUUCACUAGAAGUGUUAAAAAACAAGGUUUCCUCAAGAUACUUGAAAUCCCCCGAGGGGCCAGGCAUCUGUUGAUCCAGGAGUUCAAGGGGACCCCUCACAUCCUAGCGGUGAAGAACCAGGCCACAGGUCAUCUGUUUCUGAAUAACGAGGAUGAGUUCCCAGAGUCCCGUAUGGUGAUAGAGAAGGGGGUGGAGUGGGAGUACCACAACGAUGACGACACGGAGACCGUCCAGACCACAGGACCUCUGGGAUAUGCUGUUCUGGUCAUGAUCCGUUCCCACGGUGACUCCAAAGUGACCCUCUCCUACAAAUACAUUCUGCAUGAGAAGCUGCAGUCAUCCAUAGAGAGCAACCUGGUGCAGGAGGACACCGCCUACUUUGAAUGGGCUCUGAAAAAGUGGUCUCAGUGCUCUAAACCCUGUGGAGGAGGUAAGCAGUACACACGGUUUGGCUGCAGGAGAAAGUCCGAUGGGAAGAUGGUCCACCGCACCUACUGUGUGAACAUCGACAAUCUCAGAGCUAUCAGCAGGGAUUGUAACCAGAAAGAGUGCUCCCAGCCAGUUUGGAUCACUGGGGACUGGGAGGAGUGCAGUUCAUCCUGUGGGAAGACUGGCUACCAGAGCCGCUCUGUACGCUGUCAGCAGCCCCUCUCUGGAGGUGGCCAACGUUCCAUCCACAGCAAGUACUGUAAUGAUGACAGGCCAGAGGGACGACGACCCUGCAACCGCCAGCUCUGCCCUGCCCAGUGGAGAGUAGGACCCUGGUCCCAGUGUUCGGUGACGUGUGGCAACGGGAGCCAGGAGCGCCAGGUUCUGUGUAGCACUCCUGAUAACUCAGUUGGACUCUGCAUGGAGACCAAACCCAUUACACUCAGGACCUGCCAGCUAGUCCCCUGCACAGGUGAUGGAAAAAACAUUUUGAUCCAGUGGCUGUCACGGUCCAACCCAGAAUUUCCUGUACCCAAGAUCUCCUCAAGGCAGUGUAAGGGGGAUAGGUCAGCGUUCUGUCGUAUGGAGGUGCUGAGCAGGUACUGCACCAACACGGGGUACAGACAGAUGUGCUGCAAGUCCUGCACCGAGGGUAACUUCACCACUAUGGGCCAGAACCUCACCACUGGGCCCUGGAGGUACACCACACUACCCACCCCCACCAAUGGCACCUAUUCAACGACCCCGACAACAACCCUCAGACCCAAACCCACCGCUGGGAUAUAUAGCACUGACUUUGCUUAUGUCGAGCAUGAUGAUUAUGGGGAGUAUACAACCAAAACCGACGAACGCAGCACAACUAAAACAUAUAGGCCUACCACCACCCCUGGAUUAACCACUAGACAGCCCCGAAGAAUAACCACCUCCCUGGUUACUGCCAGAAGUACUAAAUCUCCAACCACCACCAAUGAGGAGACUACGGUUCCCAGAACCUCCGUCCUCACCGUCACUACCGCUGAACCCACAACAAUCCCCACCAGUCACCACCCAUCAACUCUCAGAAUUACAAAUGUCCCCAAGUCCACCACAGCUUGGGUUGAUGUUAUAGAGAGGGAGUCCUGGACAACCCUGGCUCCAUCCACUUCCAGACCUAAAGGAGACAAGAGACGGAAAACCAUUCCAACACAGCGUAGGGUCAUUGUGACACUCAUGCCCUCCACCAUAGCCCCCCACCGGACAGAGGACAAGCGAGAAAACAACUCGGUGGACGUGCCGUAUAGGAUCGUUGGUGUAGACAAUGAGGUCUUUCAAAACCACUUUGUUCCUAGAAUACGGCCUCCAUUCCGAGAAACGACACGAAACAAGAGGAUACAAGAACUCCUAGCCGAGAAACAGAUGCAAGACUUACUUCUCAGACGAGCAAAAAGAAAACCAGGACCUUGAUAGUGAGUCAUUCAAGACAUCUUUGUUAGUGCUCUGUAUGGAAACAUUUCUAUUGAACACCUGCAUAACCAUUUUGCUUUAUUGAAACCAGAGUGAAACCAGUUCAGAGACUGUCCGUCAUGUAGAAAUUAAAACUUGCGGCUUGAAGAUUGGAAUUUGGCCUGCUUUGCUUUUUGUAUCCGAUGAGGAAAGGGAACUGCAAUGGACAAAACAGACAAAAUACUGAGAAAUGAACUCUACAAUGACUAUUCUGUAAAUACAUUCUCUUGAGCGAUAAUUGCACAUUUGUACUCGCUGCUUGGCAAUGAAGAGAUUUAAUUGUCUUUUAUGCUUUGCUGUUAUUACAUAUCGUACUUUUGUUAAUAUUGUGAACAGUUUACAAUUUGGACCUUUGUAGCUCAGUUAGUAGAGCAUGGUGCUUGCAAUAUCAGGGUAGUCGGUUUGAUUCCCAGGACCACCCGUACAUAAAGAAUGUAUACAUACAUAUACAUACAUAUAUACAGUAUAUAUAGGGGAGAGUGGAGUAUGUUGAGGCAUUUUUUACAUGCAUGCAGUAUCAAGGGAAACUGUAACGGCGUUCUUCGUUUGUCGAAAGAGAGUCGGACCGAAAUGCAGCGUGUUGGUUACUCAUGACUUUAAU